AUGUCUUCUUUACAAAUUUCUGCGUCGUCAUUUUGUUCUUCUUCUUCUUCGUCUAUCAAGAAAGUCAACGCCGCCAUUAAUGUCCCUAAGCUCCCACGAGUUCGUUUCCCGCUUCCAAAAGUAUCCCCAACUACUACUACAAAGCUGGUUAAGGAAUUGAAGAGAUCAACAGGCACAAUAAUCCCAUCACAGCUUGAUGUCACCUCCACAGAAAUACGUGAUGACGACGACUAUUCCUGCUCUUCUUCCAAUAAAUCCAAGGCUACCAUUCAAUUAUAUGCAAUCUUAGAAGCUGUUUCCGACAGAAUCGAAAUGCACAACAACAUGGGAGAGCAACGAAACAACUGGAACUCUCUUCUUUUGAACUCCGUGAAUAUGAUGACCCUUUCUGCCACAACCAUGGUUGGGCUCAACACUGCCAUUGACAAUACUGCAUUUAGAUUAUCUUCCACUCUUUUGUUCACAGCCGCCACAGGGAUGCUUCUCAUCAUGAACAGGAUUCAGCCCUCACAACUCACCGAGGAACAACGAAAUGCGACUAAGUUGUUCAAGCGGCUUCAGAAGGAAAUCCAAACCACAUUAGCCAUUGGAAAUCCAACUGAGGAAGAUGUCCAAAGUGCAAUGGAGAAGGUUUUGGCACUUGACAAGGCUUACCCACUUCCUCUCUUGGGAGCCAUGCUUGAGAAAUUCCCUUCUAAAUUCGAGCCUGCUGUUUGGUGGCCUAAAAGUAAGAAGACGAAUGACUUCCAAAAGCAAAUCGCCAGAUCCCACAAGAAAACCAAUAAUGGAUGGACUCCAGAACUGGAAAUGGAGAUGUGGCAGCUUCUUGAAGUGAUGAAGAGAAAAGACAUGGAGGACUAUGACAGACUAGGAAACUUGGCUCUCAAGAUCAACAAAACCUUAGCCACAUCAGGUCCCUUGCUCACUGGGAUUGCAGCUUUAGGUUCUGCAUUAGCCAGCCAUGGUUCGUCUUGGCCAGGCAUUGCGGCCGCCAUGGCAGGGUCGAUGGCGGCUUCUGUGAAUUCUUUGGAACAUGGAGGCCAAGUGGGGAUGGUGUUUGAAAUGUACAGAAACUGCGGAGGAUUCUUCAAGUUGCUGCAAGAAACCAUAGAAGCAACGCUUGAAGAGAAAGACUGCGAGAAAAGAGAGAACGGCGAGGUUUUUGAAAUGAAGGUGGCCAUGAAAUUGGGAAGAAGCGUUUCGCAGCUCAGACAAGUUGCUUCAAAAUUUGUUGCCUAUGAGUCGGAAGGAAUGGCCAUGGAUGAAUUUGCAAGCAAGCUGAUCUAAGAAGA